GUCGGUGUUUUACGAUGACGUGUACGUACGGGUCCUUCAGACUUCCGGGUGUGGAUAAACAGACUAAGACGGAGCCGCCUCACCUAAAAGAUGUCCAAAGUAACGUUUAAAAUCACCCUGACGUCGGACCCCCGGCUGCCAUACAAAGUAUUAAGUGUCCCAGAAAGCACACCUUUCACAGCGGUUUUAAAGUUUGCAGCUGAAGAGUUCAAAGUGCCAUCAGCAACCAGUGCUAUCAUAACAAAUGACGGAAUAGGAAUCAACCCUGCCCAGACUGCAGGGAAUGUGUUUCUAAAGCACGGCUCAGAGCUUCGGAUCAUUCCCAGAGACAGAGUGGGAGGACAACGAGACUGACUUGUACAGCAUUUCCCCGUCGAUGGCUUAAUGACUCACACCACAGAAACACACAACACUUACGACCCAGGAAACACCUCUGCAUGUUUCAUAUUUAUUUUUCUGGUCCACACAACUGACAGUGACUCACGCAGGACUUUGCAUAUUUAAAGUUGCCAAUGACACACAGAGUUGAGGAGUCCAUGCAUACAUGUUGUCAGCCGGGAGCAAAGGUUUGGAGUGACGGCUAGAGACAUUCCCAGAGAUACUGAGUUAUGAUUAUCAACAAAGCAACUGCAUCUGUGGCUUUAGAAAGGAUUAGUAAAAAUCUGAGUUCAGAGUAACUUCUGUAUUAUUUCAUUUUUAUUUGCAUUGUAAAUAUGGCAGCAUAAGAGGUGAUUUAUCUUUUGUUUUUUUCAAAUGCUUUUAAUGAUUCUUGUUGCUUUGCUAAAGCAGAAAAUUUGCCUCACAUAAUUAUUUUCUGUACAACUUCUAUUCUUCAUAUUCAAAUAACUUGCAUUAGAGAUGUGCUAAGAACUUGUGCUGUGGACCAGGUGGAAACAUCUUGUGAGCAAAUAAAUCCAUUAAAUUGAACUCUGCAAACA